GGAAAUGUCAUCACUCGCCGAUACUUUACACGCUUACUAGGGAGGCAUGCACGAUGUGUAAGUAAGUCGAAGUUUUAGUCUGGCGAAUUAACAUUAUGAACUCAUCAUAUCCAGUUUGUUUUCACGCCAGUCAGACUUUCAGUCAGGGUGGGGGGAUGUCACAUCUACCCCUUAAUACCGCCUGCAAACAAAUAGACCCGGAAGUUGAUUAGAUCAUCCUUUGGAAAUCAAUCCUUCUCUAAUGUUAGUGUCAUGAUUAUUUGUUGCAUGUCUACAGCAUAUGCAGCUAAUUCCUUCGCGGCGGUGGCACCUAAGACAUGGGGAUUGUGCCGUCUUGAGGGCGGCCCUUGACAAUGAAGCUCAGCAAAACCAGACCUCUUCUCCUUCUCGUGAUAUGAGCUUUCUAGCCUUGGCAACAUUAAAGAAAGAGGCGAGGAGGAUAUGAGGUUUUUGUUUAUUUGACCUUGUUUCGUUGCUAUCUUUUGUAUGAAUAAGGAUGUUAAUGUGGCACCCAAAAUUCUCAUGUACAACCAAUUGCCAUAAAUUAUUCUCCCGUUGAAUACUGCUCAUGCCUUUUCAAUACUUCCAUUGAAAUGGAAAAGUCUCUUCGCUCAUUUAACUUCACUCUGGGUUCUAGGCGGAACCACUGCCUUGUAACCAUUCAAUCUCUUUUUCUCGAGGUCUUCGCUCUCCUCUUCAAUACUCAACACUUUAUACAAACUCGAGACUUCCUCGUUUUACUCGAACCUCAUCUACUAUCUCUUUCUCGGAUGAAGGCACACCUAUACCUUCUCGACCACCACCUAUUUCUCCCAGAGUAAUUCUAUGCUUUGACCUUAGCCUACUCAUUGUGCCGUGUGCGAAACCAUUCCGGCUAUCCAUAUUCCUCCUCUACUUCACCUUUAUCAUUGGGCUUUUGGAUCUAAUCGAACCUCCGCAUUACACAAGCGAAAAUUUGAUCACAAGACAGCGUGGUAAUAAGGGGUACUGAAGAGUAUCUGUGCAUUCAUAUGCUCUCUUACGCGAUUCUAAAAGUAGUUGCUCUGGAGCUCCACGCUUUGGAAAUCAUGCUUUUCUUUCUUCGCUGCAUUGGACAUAUUUGACUUGAUUUAUCUAGUCGUGCUUGGUUUCCUUGGUGGAGAAGUUGGAUUGGCUUCAGGGUUGUCGUUAUCAGACAACCUCGACGAUUUGCCUGUCUUAUGUCAAAACCUGGUGUCUGAUGUUCCGAUAUAUGUGCUUUUCGAUGUGGAAUACAAGGUAAAAUUUCGAUUUUAUUCUGGCUGGUCUUUUGGGGACCGCUUUAUUAAUUUCAGGGUCGGUGGUAGAAGUAUUGCUUGAUUCGCGUUUCCCAGUUGUGCUACUAUGCAGCGAUACGAAUGGAUUCACCGAUUCACCAUCUCUUAACAUACUGCCAUUCUUCUCCUUCGUCAGCCUGGUGAGUGAGUGAUACUGUGAGCCCGUCGAACGAAACGGAUGUUUUCCGAGGCUGCAGUCUAUUCCUGCAAUCUCAAACCUCCCCCCCAUCUUUUCACAUAUCUUCUCUUUCGUUGGUUUCCGAUUCAUUGAUUGUCAAGUUAAUGAUGUUUUUUCUUCUCACAACA